AUGUCCUCCCCAGAAUUUAUAAUCUUCGCUGCCGCCUUUCAUCUCCUCGCCAUCACAUUCCCGAACGAUGCCUGUAGCGUCUGCAGCGAAAGUUUGAAGACGUCCAUGGAUAAGUUCUACCACUGGUUACGGCAUCUGUCGCCCGAUUGCCCAGAAUAUUCGAUGUUUAUGAAUCACAUGUGUGCCUUCUGCAACAAGCAGUGUGCAGACCGUACUCCUCUCAUAUAUCAUCUCAACGUCCAUCAUGGCGGCAUAUUCUCAUACAGAUGCAAGCAUACUGAUGGUAAGGAAUAUACGUUCAACGACGACUCUGGUAUCCAUCGCCACCGAGUACGCCAACACAACCAUGUCCCACGCCCUCAGGCGAAGAAGACCUCGAAAAGAGCACGGCAUAGCGACAACGCCGAUGAGGAUGUGGGAAACCAGAAGGGUCUGGGAUCGACGUCGGCGCUUCCGAAACCGCCCAACAAGAAGGCUCGCAAGACCAAGCCAACACGCUCGCAGCGCAACGUACGGUCCGCCCAACUGCCUUCAACCUCGCGUUGCAGCCCGCCCGUCGACCCUCCUGCAUUCGGAAGCCACUCGAGAAUGACAUCGAGCUCAACGGCGCCGCUUGCGACGCCGCCCCCGCCUCCCAUCUCGACUUUCGCUCCUCCCCACUUCAUCGCGCCCGGGCAGACUGCGCUCGAUGGCUCUGGGUACUCCGCCUUGGGUCAGCAGGCCUACGACGGGUAUGGUCAACCUUCUCUUGGGGGCUUUGGUCAGCCGGCUUUCGACGGCUUUGGUCAAGCUGCUCUCGACGCCUACGGCCAGCCUCCUGUCGACGAGUUCGACCUCGCCGCUUUCAACGGGUUCAUCUCGUGCGCUCACGACAUGCCCAAUUGGGACGAUCCGGCUCUGUGGACUAACGCGCUUCCUGGAGACGAGGCCGGAUUUGACUUCGGCGCGUUCAUGACGGGCAUGGACGCUCCUGCGAUGGACAUGGUCGCGCCCACGAUGGACGUGGCCGCGCCUGCGAUGGACUUCGCAGCACCUACUAUGGACUUUACCGCACCGGCGAUGGAUUUGUCGCGUCAUCCGAACACGGACUUCCCCCCGCCCGCUCAGCUGGCUGAGCCUGCGAACGAACCGGCGCGUGCCCCAUCUCGCGCAAUGCCACCCUCGUCUCGCGCAUCGCCACCUUCGCCCCGCGCGGUGCCACUCUCGCCUCGCGUGAUGCCUCCCCAGCCUGCUGCCCCCUCGCACUCUCGCGGUUCUCAUGGUGCUCGCUCGUCUCGCGGUGUGAAUCCUGGACCUCCUCGUGAAGGAAACCCUCGGCCCCCUCGCAGCGAGCAUCCUCAACCCUCUCGCAGCAUGAACUCUCGCCGCCCUCGCACCCUGACCUCAGCCGCCUCUCGCACUUUCCACCCCUACGCCCGACCCUCCACCCGCCGUCGCCCGCCGUCGAACAAUCCAAUCAAGUUCGCCGGUCUUACAUUCACGAACUUUGAUGGCACGAGCCCGAAUCCUGCUUUCGCUGCCGGUCCUUCGGCGAGUCGGGUUCGUACUGAGCGAUACCCGCCGGUUCCACCACCGAGCGUGGACGGGUGUCCGGUGAUGGGCUACCAAGCGGCACCGAUGACAGAUUAUCAGGCAGCGGCAACGAUGACAAGUUACCAGUCGGCGCCGACGACAAGCUACCAGGCAGCGCCGACGACGAGCUACCAGGCAGCGCCGACGAUGGACUUCUACGCGGCGCCGGCGAUGCACCCGCAGCAACAGCAACGGCAGACCUUCGUGUAUCAGCAGCGCGCAGACCAGCACGGUGGCGCAGAGUGGAUGUCGAACGCGCUUACGCAGAGCUAUCAGCAGCAGCAGCAGCAGAUCCUCCCUCAGCAACAGGUCUUCGAGCCCCAGCAGCAGGUCUUCGAGCCCCAGCAGCAGGUCUUCGAGCCCCAGCAGCAGGGUUUCGCGUCCCAGGCGUACUCCUUCCCCCUGGACCAGCAGCUGCUCGACCCCUACGCGACGGAGGCAUUUGAUUUCGACCCCAACGCGAUCGGAUUCACCGACAACUUCUGGCCUGAUCUCGGCGGCGCUCCGAUGCCCGACUUUUGA